UAGAGAAAAUCUCCGAUCGUGGGUGAGUAAAUAGUGUUUACCGUCUCGUCUCCACUACUCUUCUCCACCUCCACCUCUCCCCGCAAUCAACCGCAUUCACGCCCUCCGCGGAUCUCGCACCCCGAAAACAAGAAAACCAAGCGAUCGAAGGGAAGCAGGUCGAUCGAGUGCGUCGCGCGGUACUCCGCUCAUGGGGAAGGGCUACCACAAGAAGCUGGGCGUGAACAAGGCGGCCAUCGCCGGCACAGGCUCCGGGAAGGGCCAGGCCAUGCGCGGCGGGAACGGGGCCGGACCUUGUGGUGUGGGCUGGGGAUCAGGCCGGUCGACGUUCUCUGCCACCGACCAUAGCACCUUCCAGACGGUAAGCUGGCAAACUUACCGAUCAGUAACCAUUACGCGUUCUUCCAAGGCGGCCACCGCCGGUGAAGGAAAGGGCAAGGGCGCCGGCGGCGGCUACUCUAAGCGCUCGGGAGGCAGAACAGGCGUGGGAUCUGAUGGCCCGAGAGGAGGCGCGGUCAAGGCCGGCCCCCGAGGAGGGAAGGGAGCAGGUGGUGGCGGCCGGGGAGGCGCGCCGACAUUCUCUGCCACCGGCCAUGGCACCUUGCAGACGGACAUGCAUGCCACGAAUGAGUACUACGACUGUUCGUCUGAGCACGGUGUGUCAUUCUCUCGCACCCACCAUGGCACCUUUGAGACUGACCAUGGCACCUUUGACACGGCCGCGGAGACCAUGAAUGAGUACUACGAUGAGGAGGAGGACCUUGGUUUGCCCCUGGUUGAGGGCGGAGAUCAGGAUAAUGCAGGCCAGCACGAUGCUGAAUUUCUGUGUGAUGAAGAAGGCGAGGGCGGUGAGAUCGGCGAUGAUGGCAAUGGAGGGGGUGGUGAUGACGACAUAGGCGGUGCUGGGAUUGGUGAUGACCUCUUCGAUGGCGAUGACUACUACGACAAUGACGUCGCCGGGGAUUUUGAUGGUGGCUAUGACUGGUGGUAGUGACUUGUGGCUGAGGGCAAGGCGUCUUUUCAAAUGUGAGAAAACUAUGUCCGAGAUGAAGUUCGAGUCUUUAUCAAGUUUCUACUAGUUCUUAUGUUAUCCAACCUUCGGCUGUCCAUGUGGCUUCUGCGUUAGCUUUUGCCUUGGUUGUGGUGAUUCCCACCAGGACAUCUGGAGUCUUAUUACCACUUUUGUGUACGAUAGUCUAGGUAAAUCAGUCUUAUGCGUGGGGAUCCAACAACGUCAUGAACCGUUGUGAAUUGUGAUAGAAGUACUCCUGAUGUAAAUUAUAGUCCUAUAUGUCUGUCUUGUAUGGGAAAUUAUAGCCCUAUGUGUUCUCAGUGCUCAUGUUAAGAUUUGG